AUGUGGAAGCUCGCAGGCCAUACGCUGGGCUACGUAAGUGGCGCUCACGUGAACCCGGCAGUGACUGUGGGCCUGGUGGUGGGCGGCUUCCUGGGCCCGCUGAAGGCUCUGCUGUACGUGACGGCGCAGUGCGUGGGCGCCACCGCUGGCUCAUUCGUGCUCCAGGCCCUGACACCCAACGAGACGGUCGCAACACUAGGCGUUAAUGCCUUGAAUCGGCACGUGACGCCGACGCAGGGCUGCUUCGUGGAGAUGGUCAUAUCAUUCGUGCUCGUGAUGGCCGUGUACAGCGCUGCCACAGGGGGGGCGGCGGCGGCGGCAGCAGGACCCUUCACUGUCGCUUCCCUGACCAAACAAGAAUGGGACCAGGUUGAUGGCGCCUCCUGGUCUCAAGCAGAAUGCAUCAGGAAGAAGUCAACGGCGUGCCAACCAGCCAAGUUUGAGCACCUCAACUACAAGGAGCAUCAGAAUGAGGACAUGUGUAUGGUGAUCAACAUGAGUGACAAGCAGCUCGACGAGGCAACCUUAAAAGUACUCAGAAAAGGUCUCAACUUUGCAGUGACACCCAGGAACGUGCCUGUCACAGCUUUCAUCAGUGCAGUUGGGCAAGCGAACAACACACCACCAUCCAGUAUGGCUGAAGAGAUAUGUAGAGAGAUGUACAGGGCGCUCACCAACACCAAGCCACAACAUCUCAAGCGAUGA